UACGUCGUGCAAAUAUAUCACUCCAGCACAUUUUUUUUCCCACAUCACAAGUUUACGUUUUAGUAGCUUGUAAGUAAGUCUAAGUCACAUCUUGUUCAGCUGCACAAGAACCGAGAAAAAGCAAGAUGCGUGUCUUCGCGAAGGUUGCUGUCGCCGCCACUUUAUGGACGAAGAAGAGGGUGCGUUGGUCAAUGAAGGCUUGUAAAUGCAUGACUUGAAAAGUAUCCGAGUUCAGGGUCUUGCACAUAGUAGUUCCCAAGAAUUUGCAUUGCUUUGGCACGGCCAAGUAGAACACUACUUACCUCUACGACUACGACUUCUACAGCGUUCUUCACUUCCGUGAGAUGAAAACGAAAAGCUCCCGUGUCGACCCUCUAAGAUGUCGUGUCGCUGACCACGCCCUUUUUUUCUGUUCCAUACGCACUUACCGACGAGGUGGCUGGCAAGCUGUUCCGGCACCAGACCGGUGCGGCAGUCGGAGCAGGCAACAAGCCGAAGGGGGUAUAGACCUUUAAAUAAUAUAUUCCAGCAACAGCAUUUUUCGUACCUGAGGCUGUCCUUGCCGACCAAUUUCACAUUCAAUUGUAUUGAUGUAGAGGAGGACUCUAUUUUCAGGAGCUUGAACUUUAUGUAAGUGCUUGCGAAGAAACAGUUUCGGACUUUGCAGAACAACUGUUCCAAAAAAAUAGAUUUACGUUAUUUAUUUCCUUGAAAAAAAUACUUAUUUAUUUCCUGGUUUCCAACAGCACGGCCGCGGCGGGCACCACCACCACCGACACCAUCAUCAGGGCAACAAGGGAGCCACGAACGAGGACGUGGGCAUCCCCGGAGCCAACGAAGGAACGCACGGUCCGUCCAGCGUCCCCGGAGCCAACGAAGGAACGCACGGUCCGUCCAGCGUCCCCGGAGCCAACGAAGGAACGCACGGUCCGUCCAGCGUCCCCGGAGCCAACGAAGGAACGCACGGUCCGUCCAGCGUCCCCGGAGCCAACGAAGGAACGUGGGGUCCGUCCAGCGUCCCCGGAGCGAACAAAGGAACGUGGGGUCCGUCCAACGUCCCCGGAGCGAACAAAGGAACGUGGGGUCCGUCCAAGGACGACGAAGAAGAGGAGGAAGCGAUUGUGCAGGCGGCGACGGCGGAGCCCGAGGCGAUGCCCGGUGCGGGGAAAACGAGCGCGGCCGAUUGGCAGGCAGCGAAUGCUUGGGGGGCUGCGGGGAACAAUUGGAAGGCGGCGAUGGACCGCCCGAAGAAGCCGAUCGGAGGAAACACCGUUUCUCCCUUCCCAGUAUGUCUUGCAAAUAAUGUGUCUGGUCUGAAAGAUUACAGCGCUUGCAAGUACGCUAAAUUUGCAGACUCUUGAAAUCUACUGUACUUGCAUGUAUACAGAGUUAUGGUAGGGCCCGCCCCUUUCUCCGUGCCGUGCGAAAUUGCGAUUUCUAAUGCGGGUUAAUGCGCACUGGCACUGCGGAACAAUGACAAUCGCUCAUCCAUUGCUCAUGCCCGCCUGCAUCCCACCUGAGGCAGUAGCCAUAACUUACCACUCAUGUAAGUACUGGCAUGACAACCUUUCGGACCCACACCUAUUCGCAUUCGAUACCCAACGACGUUCCCGAUCGUGGGAGCGCAGAAGCGCUGCGCCGAUUUUCCCGACUGGGCCAACUGCGAGGAAAUGGUCUCGACCGGCACAGCCACCUCGCCUUCAGAGUUGUGUGCGACUGCGUGUGCUGGCAUCCCCAACACCGCCAUGCCGAUGCGUUGAUCGGUAAGUCGCUUUUUGACGGUAAAUGACAUUUGUAUAAGAAAUUUAUCUUUUGUCAUUUUUUGUUUUUACGAGGCGGCAGCAUGAUCAAGAUCACUACACUCCUGGUUCUCACUACCAGCUACAACUUCUACAACCUGAGCUCUAUCACAAACCUGAUGCAUCUUCGCGACCUCAGAAUAAGUAUAAAGUACUCGCGCGAGUUUUUAUAGGUACUCGCACCACGAUCAGUAUUUCCACGAAAUAAACAACAAAAAGCGCUACUCUAGAUGAUUCCUCCUUUUGUGCUUUCCACGGUACAAAUUUAUUUUAAUAUUUUUCCAUCAAAACGUUUUUCUACGGGUACGGCAUACGACGUGAAAAUAUUAAUUCCCAGCUGCAUAAAAACCACAUCAAAGCUCAUCGCCUCUCAUCACUGCUUGCACAGAGGUAGGUUCCUUCUUCUGCUUCUGUGAGGGUAGUGCAACGAGUCGUACGAAGUAGAUGUGCAAACAUGUUGCAUAUGAUUUUUCAGCAUGACAGAUUGCGGAACAUGCGUUAUCUUUCUUUCUUUCCUUUUCUUAGUUUUGGCCAGGUUCUUUUUGGUCUCGUAUGGUAAGUUAUUCGCGUAGAAUCUUCCCGUUUUCGUCCUAGUAGUCGUUCGAAACAAACGUGCAUUUCAAGCGACCAGAUUCACCACAACACAGUAGGAAACGCGACUUGUGUAUGAGAAUCGCCGCUCAAAGAAGCUCACGGUAGAGCGAAAUGAUGUGACAUGCAUCAUUACUGAACCGUUUUCGACAGCUGCAGCUCUCAGUUUCUCAACACAAAACACGACAAUUUUCGGAAAAUGGAAAAGACGAUGUGAAUUUGUGAUGCAAAUCCGGCGGCCUGGUGAACAAACGAAGGGGUUCGGCCGACCGGGAAAUGUCCUUCGUCUUCACUUCUUCUUCUUCGUUCUUCUUCGUUCUUCUCCGGAAUUCGCCAUGUGAGUGAAUUUGCGAUACAAUUGGGAAAAUAAAUGCAUUGUCGACUGUAGAGAUAGUCUUACAACUACAAAAGCAUAAGCAACACUAUCUGCAUGUCCCGUUCACCUUCACUUCAUUUCUCGAAGCCCAAUUGCUUCCGUGAACAAGAAAAUAGGUAUAGACAAAAAAAUACGCAAGAACGACAACAUUUCGCAUCACCAUCAGCAAUACAAAUAAGUACUAGCUUUGAAUAUCUUGCCAGAAAGUCCCCUCUUGAGUAGUACCUCAUCAUCAACAAAAAUACAACAUCCGUAACCCGUCUGAUAGUCUGACCUCAUCAGCACAAACAAGCGUAGCCCGUGGAUUUUAUUCCAGAAUCGAUCAUCGUAAGGGAGUUGUAGCCCGCUCCUGAUGAAGAAGAAACUCCCAAGAAGUACUGCAUUCCAUUUCCAAUGACUUGCAACUGCUACCCAUACGACAAACAGAGGGCAGAAAGCUGCACUUUCGUAAAAAUCUUUAUCGCCGCAUGAAUCAAAAGUACACUUCGGAGGAAGUAUGUAGAGUUUAUUUUGACUGUCCCCCAAAUAUAUAAGGGCUACUGGGCGACUCUCAUCUGUAUUCACCCGAAUACAAGUCGCGCUUGUGGUCUGAAAAAUUUGGAUCAGAAAAAAAAACACAUACUUGCGCGAAUUCUUUCUCGGCUUUGAGUCUGAGA